UCCUUUAAAAAUUUCAUAAUCAAAAGAGUAAAUGUAUCAAUUUUACCCUCAGAUUUUAACGACGACGGAAUGUUCUGGAUCACGGUAUGCAACCGUAAAUGAACUCGAUCACAAAAGGAAUUGGGUUCCUAUUAGGAAACCUAACAAAUCCAAAUCUGUAUAGGAGAAGGAAAAUUGGACUACUCCAAAACCUAAAAGGAAACAGAACCCGCAACGGAGCGUAUAUAAAAGAUGGCCUCUCUUCAACUGAUCCUCAACAAACACAAUUGAUAUCUGAAUCAAAACUCUGCAACCAUGGUUCUCGAGGCGACUAUGAUAUGCAUUGACAAUUCAGAAUGGAUGCGGAACGGCGAUUACUCUCCCUCCCGAUUCCAAGCCCAGGCCGAUGCUGUGAAUCUCGUUUGUGGUAUCAAGACAGGUGCCAACCCGGAGAACACAGUUGGGGUGUUGACGAUGGCCGGAAAAGGGGUCCGCGUACUCGCCACACCCACCUCUGAUCUUGGCAAGAUUUUGACAUGCACGCACGGCCUCGAGAUUGGCGGUGAGAUAAACAUAGCAGCUGCUGUCCAGGUAGCUCAGUUGGCUCUUAAGCAUCGCCAAAACAAAAACCAACAACAAAGGAUUGUGGUUUUUGCUGGAAGUCCAGUCAAGGACGACAAGAAGGCACUGGAAAUAAUUGGGAAGAAGCUGAAGAAGAACAGUGUUGCUCUUGACAUUGUCGAUUUUGGAGGAGAAGAUGAAAAGUCGGAGAAGCUAGAGGCCCUUGUCGCUGCUGUUGAUAAUAGAAACACUAGUCACGUAGUCCAUGUUCCUUCUGGUCCCGAUGCUCUUUCUGAUGUUCUUCUAAGUACGCCUAUAUUAAUCGAACAAGGAGAAGCUGGCGCUGCAGCUGAAGGAGCAGCAGCCGGUAUUGGUGGUUCUUCUGGCUUUGAGUUUGGAGUAAAUCCCAAUAUAGAUCCCGAGCUUGCUCUCGCCCUUAGAAUGUCAAUGGAAGAGGAAAGGGCAAGACAAGAAGCAGCUGAAGCCAGAAGAGCUGAGGAAGAAGCUGCAAAACAAGGAAAAGAAGAGGAGCAGCCAUCCAAAUCGGAGGAUGUGGCCAUGACAGAAAGCGGUGAUGUCGAAAUGGUUGAUGAGAAUGCCUUGCUAAUGCAGGCUCUUUCCAUGUCAAUGGCUGAUGCUGAGAUGUCUGAGGCAACUGGUGUGGAUCAAGACUUGGCUUUGGCUCUUCAAAUGUCCAUGAAGGAAGGCGCAGGAGGGGUAUCAUCAUCAUCAUCCGAGGCAGCUGAUGUGACCAAGGUGAUGGACGAUCAGUCUUUUCUUUCGUCCAUACUGGAAUCUCUUCCAGGAGUUGACCCCAAUGAUCCUUCUGUGAAAGAGUUUCUUGCAUCUCUGAGUAAACAGUCCGACAAGGAUGAACAAGAUCGAUCUAAUGACCAGGGCAAAUGA